GACUGCGACUGGCUACUCCGACUGUCAUCACUGUGAUCGUGACGAGCGAAUGAAAGUGUGCCAGGCUUUCGAUACAUUCUAAGCGGGAAAUGUGUUGACUGGGAAAGUACAGAGCCAAAAGGAAAACCAAAAACAAAACCAAAACCAAAACAAGCUCAAGCCCGUGGAAGGCCCGCCCCGUCCAGUCCCCAUCCCAUCGUCCCAAGCACCCAUAGACCCCAUUCCACUGCACUCCAGAUCCAAUCCCAAUCCAACGAAAAACCUAGCCCAGAUUCACAACCGAAGUAGCUUCCAACAGCAGAAUGGUUGUUGUUCCCGCUUUGGGCGCCGCUGCCCUAUCCGUGGGUGGGCUCCUGUUCAAGGCCAGCAGCGCUGCCUCAGCGGGCGCGGCUGCCGUGGGGGCCUCCUCGCUGGGCCUGGCCAUAGCCGCAGCCACCAAUCUGGCCACCGCCGUCGUGGGCGUGGGAAAGCUAACCAUUCUGCCCUUCCUGAUCGCGGCCAUCGCGUACUACAACUACGAUCUGUUCGACCCAGAGAAUCGGCCGUUCAAUGUGCCGCAGGUGGACCAGGCCUACGACUUCAUCAUCAUUGGCGGCGGCUCGGCGGGCACUGUGCUGGCGUCGCGACUCUCCGAGAUCAGCCACUGGAAGAUCCUGCUGCUGGAGGCUGGCGGCCAUGAGACGGACAUCUCGGAUGUGCCACUCCUCUCGCUCUAUUUGCACAAGAGCAAAAUGGACUGGAAGUAUCGCACCCAACCUCAGGCCACUGCCUGCCAGGCCAUGAAGGACCAUCGCUGCUGCUGGACACGGGGAAAGGUGCUGGGCGGCAGUUCGGUGCUCAACACGAUGCUCUACAUCAGAGGCAAUCGCAGGGACUUCGACCAGUGGGCCGAGUUCGGCAAUCCGGGCUGGUCCUACGAGGAGAUUCUGCCGUAUUUCCGCAAGUCCGAGGAUCAACGCAAUCCGUACUUGGCCAGGAAUAAGCGCUACCAUGGCCAAGGUGGCCCCUGGACCGUGCAGGACGCGCCCUACAACACGCCCCUGGGCCCGGCCUUCCUGCAGGCCGGCGAGGAGAUGGGCUACGACAUCGUCGACGUCAACGGGGAACAGCAGACGGGCUUCGGCUUCUAUCAGUUCAACAUGCGACGCGGCUCGCGCAGCUCCACGGCCAAGUCGUUCCUGCGUCCGAUCCGCCUGCGCACCAACCUGCACGUGGCCCUCUUCUCGCACGUGACCAAGGUGCUGACCGACCCCAUCACUAAGCGGGCCACGGGGGUGCAGUUCAUACGGGACGGACGACUGCAGAAUGUGUACGCCACCCGGGAGGUCAUACUGUCGGCGGGGGCCAUCAGCUCGCCGCAUCUGCUGAUGCUGUCGGGCAUCGGGCAUGGGGACGAGCUGAAUCGGUUCGGCAUACCCCUGGUGCAGCACCUGCCGGGUGUGGGUCAGAACCUGCAGGACCACAUCGCCGUGGGGGGCAUUGCCUUCCUCAUCGACUAUCCCAUAUCGAUAGUGAUGAAGCGGAUGGUCAACAUCAACACGGCCCUGCGGUAUGCCAUCACCGAGGACGGUCCGCUCACCUCCAGCAUUGGCCUGGAGGCGGUGGCCUUCAUCAACACAAAGUACGCCAAUGCCAGCGACGACUGGCCGGACAUGAACUUCAUGAUGACCUCCGCCUCGGUGAUGUCCGAUGGCGGAUCCCAGGUGAAGACCGCCCACGGGCUGAGCGACGAAUUCUACCAGGAGGUCUUCGGGGAGGUCAACAAUCGCGACGUGUUCGGCGUCUUUCCCAUGAUGCUGCGGCCCAAGAGUCGGGGCUUCAUCAAGCUGGCCUCUAAGAAUCCACUGCGGUAUCCGCUGCUCUACCACAACUACCUCACCCAUCCGGACGAUGUGAAUGUGCUGCGGGAGGGCGUCAAGGCCGCCGUGGCCAUGGGCGAGACCGAGGCCAUGAAGCGAUUCGGGGCCCGCUUCUGGAGCAAGCCACUGCCCAACUGCAAGCACCUGACCCUCUUCACCGACGACUACUGGAACUGCUUCAUCCGGCAGUACACGAUGACCAUUUACCACAUGAGUGGCACGGCCAAGAUGGGCCCGCCCAGCGAUCCCUGGGCCGUGGUGGAUCCCCAGCUGAGGGUGUACGGCAUACCCGGCCUGCGGGUGAUCGAUGCCAGCAUUAUGCCCGCGAUCACCAAUGGCAAUAUCCAUGCCCCGGUCGUGAUGAUUGGCGAGAAGGGGGCCGAUCUCAUCAAGCAGCUCUGGCUGACACCCAGCUCUGGGCCCUCGCCAAGAGCGGGACAGGGUCAGGGCCAGGGUCUCGGAAAGGUACAGGGACAGGGACAGGGCUCAGCCUCCACACGACCUCUAUGGAGAGGCAAGCGAGCACUGAUGUCGGGCAAUGCAACGACCUCAUUCACCGACGACCAGGAGGAGGCGACUCGUCAAUGGCCGUUGCCCAGCUCGUAG